AGCAACACCGUCAUGCAGGAUGACGUCCUGCUGCUCUUUCAGCCAAUCAGCGCACAGGCGGAAGCUGCUCGUACUUUCUGUUUCUAAAACGGAAAGAAAGUCUCACGGCUGCUAGAAAUUACUGUUUUAUCUGGAAACUUGCUAUCCGUUGACAUUUGUAAAUGGAAAGUGUUUCUACAGAAGAGAAAGAUAACAUGGCAUCCCGCAAACGAAAAAGUGAAGAAACUACAAGCAGUAGUACAAGUAAGAUUGGUAAAAUUAAAGAGAACAGCUCUGAGUCUUGCCUCAGUCAGCCAAGUGAUCAAAGUGUUCAUGAAGUCAUAACUUACGAGCCAUCUAGUUUGCCAGCAGUCCACUAUGAUCCUGACACGACUGAGCCCAUCAGCUGCAGUCUGAAGUCUCUUGAUGAAUUAUUAUCUUGGAAACGCAAUGAAGCAAGUCCUUUUAAUGUGGCCACUGUGCCUUUGGCUAGAAGGUAUCCUCCACUGCACAGCUGCCCUAGACGCACGUUGGUGUCCCAUGACAUGAUGGGUGGCUACCUGGAGGACAGGUUCAUUCAAGGUGCACAGGUGGAGAUGCCAUAUGCCUUCUAUCACUGGGAGUAUAUUGACAUCUUCAACUACUUCAGUCAUCAGAUGGUCACCAUUCCUCCUGCGGUUUGGACGAACGCAGCACAUAAGCAUGGAGUGCUCUCUAUAGGCACAUUCAUCACAGAGUGGACAGAUGGAGAGAAGAUAUGCGAGGCCUUCCUUGCAGAUGAGGAGAGUUACCGCGCAGCUGCUGAUAAGUUGGUUCAGAUUUCCCACUGCUACGGCUUUGACGGCUGGCUCAUUAACAUAGAAAAUGGGCUGAGUGAGUCUGCGGUGAAAAACACUGGCCCUUUUCUGCGCUACCUCACAGACCAGAUGCAUGAGCGCGUUCCAGGCAGUGUGGUGAUCUGGUACGACAGCGUGCUGAAAAACGGCUCGCUCAAGUGGCAGAAUGAGCUCAAUGACGACAACAGAAUGUUUUUUGAUGCCUGCGAUGGAAUAUUCACUAACUACAACUGGACAGAGCAGAGUCUGGAGUGGAUGAAGUCCUACUCUGGGGCACAGGGCCGCUUUGCUGACAUCUAUGUUGGUGUUGAUGUGUUUGCGAGAGGGAACGUGGUCGGGGGGAAAUUUGAGACCAAUAAGGCUCUGGAGCUGAUUCGGAAGUAUGAGUUUUCAACAGCCAUAUUUGCUCCUGGGUGGGUGUAUGAAUGCCAUGAAAAGGCAGAUUUCCGCCAGAACCAGGAUAAAUUUUGGAAUUUGUUGUCUGAUUUUGUUUAUAUCCACCGGCCCUCGUCCAGUCUUCCAUUCAUCUCCUCAUUCUGUCAGGGCUUUGGGAAGAGCAUGUACUGGAGGGGACAGGUGGAGAUGAAGAGAAGCUGGUUUAAUCUGCAUGCUCAGGAGAUCCAGCCUCUGUAUCUCUCUGAGAGCAUGGCCAAUGGCGGCUGGCUGAGAACCCGUGGCUGCUCAGAGGACGCUUGGAUCGGAGGCAGCUCUCUGAUGGUGGAGGGCAUGAUUCCAUCGGGACUUUCUGAAGUCUGUGCAAGGAUAUUUUCUCUCCACAUUCCCUUGGCCCCCAAGACAUUUGUUUCUUUUGUCUACAAGCCACAAGUGGGGGUGAAGAUAUCCCUGGAGCUCAAAACGAUAGAUGGUCCUCUGUGCACAUUCAGUGGGACGGAAGAAAUCGCAUCUAGCAGUGUCUUUCCAGAUGCAUUAGAGGCGGACAACCAGUUGGUUGAGCAGUUUGCACAGAAUUGUGGCCGGUGGACUUUGGAUGGCUGGACAGCCAGGUGUUUCCUGUUGAAAAUGGUUGGCUGCUCAUUGCGAGAUGUUUGUAUUCGUGUUUCCCGAGAUGAAGGCGAUGAAGAUGUUUCCUUUAACUGCAGGAUUGGAGAGAUUAUGCUGUUGGAUGCAGAGAGUCUUCAAGCACCCCUCCAGUCUGUUGAAGGCAUCUGUGUGAAUGAUGUGGUGUGGCACACAGCUACUUCGAAUGGAGACGGACACACACUCAAGGUACUUCUGAAUGCCACAUUACGCUGGCAAUACCCCAUCCAGCAGGUCCGCCAUUUCCGGAUUCACUGGAGGCAUCUCCGUGGUCCUGACCCUCGCAUUCCCCCUGGUCCACUGACUCUGAUUGGCAGGUCUUACUCUACCCUGUACCGUGUGGUGGAGCUGGAGGUGCCUGCGGCGCCGGGUCUCAUAGAGCUGGUGGUGGAGCCCGUGAGCAGAGAGGGAUUCAGAGUGCCUGAGGCCCAGUGGGGCCGCCGCACACUCAGCUACAGCGCCAGCUCCUCACGCAACCCUUCAGUCUGAAACCUGAUUGAUCAAGUGCCUUAAUAAAUGGGUCAACAUCACUAUAAA